GAAUAAUGCCUUAUCCUCGGUUACGUUGCAGCAGAGUUACAGUCUUGACACGAGAGAGGAGCGGAGGGGAGUGAACAAAACCCGCAAGUGAUGGAAAGGUUGGAGAUCAUUUUGUACACCUUGCUCAUUUCUCACUACAUCUGGAAGAUCCUCUUCAUCGCGUGGCUUUCCGUCAUCGGGACACCCACAGAUACCACCAACUAUGGAUUGCCUAAUUGAAGUUGGGCCACCUGAUCCUGCUUGUGCGAGGACAACACAGUAGAGCAAGAGAAGUCGUUAUGGACAGUUGUGCAAACCGCGCAUUUCCUGAUCAGAGAAGUGUUGUGAAAAGCAGAAUUUCAUCCUCAGGAUACCACGUCUAUCUGCGCGUAAAGGACAUGGACAUAACGGUUCCAUCCAACGCUGCUUGAAACACUCUGCGCUAUGUUUUAGUAAUUAUGAGGAAAAGCUGUAGUUAGAAUAGAGAGCGCGCUCGUGUGACUGUUUUGUUUCUGCGGGCUUUGAAGUGAGAGUGGUGGACAGCUUUUAUUGCGCGCAUACCAAUUGUGCGUUGCAGUUGAGCCGCUCCGUUGCCUCAGGCGAUCCACCACGGCAGGACCUGCGAUCUUUGGCAGGCAACAGGCCUAAUCGACCACUGUGUAAUUUUUCACUGUUUCAAGACCUGCAAUUUGAACUUUCGCCGCAACCAAGUGAGUUUUUAAAGCUGCAUCCAAGUGCACCUGUGUGGCAGGAGUGAAGCAUGGCUUUACCUGAUAGUGGCAUAUCUGGGGAAGAGGUACCCUUCCCAGAGAUUAUAGAGCUAAAUGUUGGUGGCCAGGUGUACAUCACCCGCUACUCUACCCUCACAAGUGUGCCAGACUCUCUGCUGUGGGAGAUGUUCAAUCGGAAGUCAGCCAAAGGAUUGGCCAGGGACACCAAGGGGCGCUUCUUUGUGGACCGUGAUGGUUUCCUGUUCCGUUACAUCUUGGACUACAUGAGGGACCAGCAGCUGGUUCUUCCGGACCACUUCCCCGAACGCGGGCGUCUGCAGAGGGAGGCCGAGUUCUUCAACCUGCCGGAGCUUGUCAAAUUGCUGGCGCCCAAAAUUAGCAAGCAGAACUCCCUGGGCGACGAGGGAUGUCAGAGCGACCCUGAGGACUCCUCGCCUGGGAUUGACACGGCCCGUAACCUCGGCUCCCUGGGUGCUGCCGCCGCCGCCUGUGCCAGUCUGGUGCCCGGAGCCAUGGAUGGCAAACGGUCCGGGUUCAUCACCAUCGGCUACCGGGGCUCGUACACCCUGGGCCGUGACAGCCACACCGAUGCCAAAUUCCGCCGGGUGGCACGCAUCAUGGUGUGUGGGAAGACCUCCCUGGCCAAAGAGGUGUUUGGGGAGACACUGAACGAGAGCCGCGACCCUGACCGCCCCCCCGAGCGCUACACAUCCCGCUACUAUCUCAAGUUCACCUUCCUGGAGCAGGCUUUUGACAAGCUGGCUGAUGCAGGCUUCCACAUGGUGGCCUGUAACUCCACAGGAACCUGCGCCUUUGCCCAUGAGCAGACGGACGACAAGAUCUGGACCAGCUACACUGAAUAUGUGUUCUACCGUGAGUGAGACUAUCGGCUUUGUCCCCCCUCUUGGUCCCCCACCCUGUCUCCAAGUGCCCCCUUCUCCUCUCCAGCCUCCAGCCAUCCUGUCUUUCUUUCUCUGAUGGCUCCUGCACCAGUAGAUGUACCGUAGAUGUUGUGCCCUUCCAUCUCUCUCUGCAGCAUCCAGCUUUUAUCCCUAUGAACAGUACGCAGCAGCUGCUCUGACUCUUCAUACCUUCUCUGCAGGUCCAACCUGCAGCGCCCCCACCCCCAACCCCAAAUCCGCCUCUCCCCUCGUCCUCAGGUCCAGCUUUUGUCCUCGCUUAAACCGUCGUUCCAUCUAGUUGUAGUCUCCCCCAAGUCCUCAACCUCAGCAACCCCACAACCAUUCCCUGCAGAGACUGAUACCUUCUAUGUACUAUUUCCCUUUUGUACUCUGUAUAUUGCAUCUGCCUUGGUGAAGCACAAUACUAUAUCCAAGAGCUAAUUUUGUUAAAUAAGCGCCCCAGUGUGUCUAUAUGACUACUGAACCAGUCAUAGGGGCAUAAGGGAAAGGGCUUCAAAGAGUGGCUGAGAUGUACAGUGCUAUACUUUGCCUGCUUACUCGAGCAGAUUGGACUCUCUCCUGCUCCUCUGAACUAAAUUACCAAAUAAUUGGACAUCUUAUCAGCCUUGAGGGAUGUGAGCAGCCCCAGCACAAGAAAGAAGUGUAACACAAAAAUCUAAUUUCCCUCAGUUUUUAUUAAAUGUGUCCAGUACCAUGUGGAUUGGGAACGUGCCAUACAAUAGUUUUAUCUGUUCAGUCGUUGUUAUGAAUGAAUGAGAGGAUUGAGAUAACACAGACACAUGGACAGGGGAAAAGAAUGCACUGAACCUUUUUUAAAAAUUAUUAUUCUUAUUAUUUUUGAAAGGGAAAAGUAGGUUGUAGGUGUGUGGAGUUUCCUUUUCAAAAAGACACUGGCUCUUUGGCAAAUGAAGAAGUAAUAGCUAUGGAAAAGACAACAACAAAAAAAAAAAAAGACGAAGAAAGCUCAAAUAUCAAGAGAUCUCGUCAGUCAGAAAGAAAAAAAAGGUUGCCGGAUGAAGUGUGUGUAUUGAUUGUGCAAUGGAGCUUUCAGUAUUUUAAUCACCCACGCUGGGAGGGCAGAGGAGACGGGAGGUGUUACAUCACUCGCAGCCCACUGCUCUAUUUUUUUUUUCUCUCGUGCUCAUUUCACUCAAUUAGAUAUUUAAGAGCAUUUUAUUUACAUUGAAGCGCUUCUUGGGACAGGCUUCACAAGCACGACUACAGGUUGUUUCCAUAAAAAGAAGAAAAUGUGGUAGUCACCUUAGUGGAUCAUUUUUUGAGUGUUCUGUAAACAAUAACAUUAUUCUUAAUACUCUGUUCAGUAUUAGUUGAAGCUGUUGCAUAUUUGAUGAUAGCUCUCACUUACUGUAAGUGAAUACCCAGAACGGGUAGGAUUACGCUGUAGCCAGCCAAAGCCUGAUGUUUUCUCACCAUUGUAGCAAGGGGCAUUGUGAGGACAGUUUGUAGUGAGCGGGUAUAACUUAUGUUAUAAAGGAGGGAGUUAAGGGAGAGGAGUUUUUUUUUUCCAGUUACAGCCUCAGGACAGGUCUGCACAUCAUAUAUACCUCAGACUACAACACAAACUGAAGGCACCAACAAAAGAUUCAACUGAUGACAAGAAAAUGCAGACACAGUUAGGAAAAUGUAGAUGCUGUAAUGAGAUUUUAAAACAGUAGGUUUAAUAUAACAAAGACAGUGAAGGCAGCACGGUGCAUGAUUUCACCUGAGCAGUAGGGUGUCAGGUUGUAGCUUUGGCAGGAACGUAUGACAGUGACAAUAAAUGUAUUCUGAAAAAAAUGUCUAGAAACCGCAAUGUUGUGUUUCAGUGUGAUGACGUGCUGUUGACAUCUGAGUCGAUAUGUGAGACCUGCAGCAGUGUGUCGCUGCAGGCGUAGACGACACUGAAAUUAAAAGUGUUCAGCAAAAAGCAAAUUGAUUUGUCAAAUAAACAAUGUUUUCUUCCUA